AACCCCACGCUACGCCACUGCGCGUCCUUCGGAGCCGGUUGGUGUCUGCGCUAUCUCCUCAUGUUUGACAAGAGGAAGUGUUUGCCUGAUCUCUCUGUGUCCGUUUCCCUCCCUCUCUCGCGUCCCUCGAUUUGAUCCCACACAAAAAAAAAAAAAGUGGCGUCCUGUGAUACGCACGUUGACUUUUUAGUGCUCUCGCUUCGGCGCAUUUGUGGUUUUUUUUUUCCCCCUGGAGGGGGCCUGGGGUGGGGUGGGGGGGGGGUUGCCAUAUGGGGAAUCGUCGCGCUAUUGUGGAUAUAUAAAGGCAGAGCCACGCCAUGGAGGACGACAUGAUGGAAGUGUGGCUGGACGACCACCUCGACUUCACGCGCUCCUACUUUGUCAGGAAAGCGUCCAGGGACAUGGUGAACGCCUGGUUCGCGGAACGCGUCCACGCCAUCAAGCCGCCCGCUUCCAAAGACAGCCAGUCCACCGUCAGCAUCUCGGACAAUCGCUCCCACGCGGACAGCGCAGCCCCCAGCCAGUCGCCCGGGGCCCCGACUCGCAAGAUCUCCGCGUCCGAAUUCGACCGGCCGCUCCGGCCCAUCGUGGUGACGGACCCGGAGGGCGCGGUGACGUUUCUGAGCGACGCCGACCGCGAGAGCGCCCCCCCGCGGGGCUGUGGCAUGCCGGAAUUUGAAACCGGAGGUGGGAGCGCUAAGGCGGAGAGCGGCGGCAGUAACCGGGGCGAUCGUUGCGCUCGACUGCUGGAGCUGGUGAAGGACGUUUCGAGCCAUCUGGACGUGACAGCACUCUGCCACAAGAUCUUCCUCCACAUCAACGAGCUCAUUGCUGCCGACCGCUACUCAUUAUUCCUGGUGGGCGAGGACAGCUCCAACACAAAGUUCCUGAUCAGCCGCUUGUUCGACGUGGCCGAGGGCUCCACGCUGGAGGAAUCGUCCAGCAGCAGCAUCCGGCUGCAGUGGAACAAGGGCAUCGUGGGACACGUGGCCGCCACAGGACAGCCACUCAACAUCAAGAACGCUUAUGAGGACCCUCGAUUCAACGCGGAGGUCGAUAUGAUCACGGGUUACAAGACGCAGAGCAUUCUGUGCCUGCCCAUCAAGAACCACCGAGACGAGGUUGUUGGAGUGGCUCAAGCUAUCAAUAAGAAGAAUGGCAAGGAUGGAGCCUUCACCCAGCAGGAUGAAAAGGACUUCUCGGCUUACUUGGCCUUUUCGGGCAUCGUUCUGCACAACGCCCAGCUCUACGAGACGUCACAGCUAGAAACCCGACGUAAUCAGGUCCUGUUGGAACUGGCCAGUCUCAUCUUUGAGGAGCAGCAGUGUCUGGAGGUUUUACUGAGGAAGUUCGCGGGAACCAUCCUGUCCUUCAUGCAGGCCCAGGCUUGUACGGUCUUCAUUGCCGAGAACGGCUCCACAGAGAACCCCUUUUCCAGUGUCUUCCAUAUGGAAUAUGAGGGGCGAGCUCAAGUCCUCAAUUCCCCCAAGAGGGAAGCUCGUCGUGUCAACCAGAUCAACUACAUGUACGCUCAGUAUGUUAAAAACACCAUGCAGCCCCUCAACAUUGCCGAUGUCGCCGGAGACCAACGCUUCCCCUCGACGUGUGAAAAGCAACAUCAGACAAAGAGUUUGCUCUGCACUCCAAUCAAGAAUGGCAAGAAGGACAAAGUCAUAGGUUGCUGCCAGUUAGUGAACAAGAUGGACGACGUGUCGGGCGCCACCAAGACCUUCAACAGGAACGACGAGCAAUUCUUGGAGGCUUUCGCCAUCUUUUGUGGCCUGGCCAUCCAGAAUACCCAGAUGUACGAGACCGUGGAGAGAGCCAUGGCCAAGCAGCAGGUCACUUUGGAGGUCCUUUCAUAUCACGCUUCUGCUGCUGCAGAAGAGUCCCAGUGGCUCCAGGCGGCCGCAAUUCCCUCGGCCCAGUCGCUGCGACUGCUGGACUUCGGCUUCAGCGACUUCGACUUGUCAGACACCGAAACCACGUUGGGCGCCGUCCGCAUGUUCGUCGACCUUGACCUGGUGCACAACUUCCGGAUGAAACAAACGAAUUUAUGUCAGUGGAUUCUGAGCGUCAAGAAGAACUACAGGAAGAACGUGGCCUAUCACAACUGGAGACAUGCUUUCAACACUGCGCAGUCCAUGUUCGCACUCCUUAAAUCUGGGCACCUGCAGAAUCGUUUAAGGGAUUUGGAGGUUCUGGCUUUGAUGAUCGCUACUCUCUGCCAUGACCUGGACCACAGAGGAGUCAACAACUCCUACAUACAGAGGAGUGAGCACCCACUGGCACAGCUUUACUGCCACUCCACCAUGGAGCACCACCAUUUUGACCAGUGCCUCAUGAUCCUCAACAGUCCAGUAAGCGCACGUGCACAAAAUGGUGGCCUUCAUGACACAUCCGAGGUUCUCCUUCUCGAACUGUUUCAGGGCAACCAGAUCCUGAGUGGCCUCUCCCUGGAUGAGUACAAAUGCACUCUAAAGAUGAUUGAGAGAGCUAUUUUAUCCACCGACCUGGCCCUGUACAUGGAGAGACGCGAGGAGUUCUUUGAGCUCACGCACAACAGACGGUUCGUUUGGGAGUGCGAUCACCACCGAGACUUGCUGAGGUCGAUGCUGAUGACUGCAUGCGAUGUAUCGGCGAUCACCAAGCCCUGGCCGGUGCAAAAGAGGAUCGCAGAGCUGGUGGCCACCGAGUUCUUCGAACAAGGGGACAAAGAGAGACAAGAACUGCACAUCGAGCCCUGCGACCUGAUGAAUCGGGAGAAGCGAGAUAAGAUUCCCAGCAUGCAAGUUUCCUUCAUUGACGCCAUCUGCACGCAGUUAUACGAGACCCUGGCGGGCAUGUCCGACUUUUGUUCCCCUUUGCUGGAGGGAUGCCGGACGAACCGUCAGCAUUGGAUGUGCUUGGCGGAGGAGCGCGACAAAGGCCCGGUCAACAGUCUGGCGUGAACGUGAACGAGGGCGCUCAUGUGUCAUGUGACUUGCUCGCAUUUUUCUUACUUUUUUCACAUUUUUUUGUGAGAUUCAUUUCACAACAUAUACGUUAUUAAGCUAUCACGAACAACAGCCUACUGACUAACGAUACUGCGAUAGUAUUCCGAGCACAUCACAAUCAAGCGAUGUAUUAAAAACUGUCACUCGAUACAUCACGAUAUCGACCGUUAGCGGAAUCGCAGAGUAAGCCGCGAUACGAUAUUGCAAUAUUUGGCCAGCGGUGUCAUCAGCAUACAGAGAUUGCGUGAUAAUUCCCACGGUGCAACUUGCAAAUACAAAAUGAUCACAACACAGCAACUGUGGCAUAGCGGACAUGAGUAUCAAUUGAUGCACGAGAAGCGCUAGUGCGUUUUUGUUAUUUCCUUGUUUGUUGCAUGUAUUUUCCGACCACGGGAAUAGGCACAGAUCUCUGGUUACCGUGGCGAUGGUCUGCUAUUGAUGGACCAGCCGUGACGGCUCUCCUCGUGUGUCGGUCGGUACGAAGAAUAUUAAUUGCAAGUGCUUCUCACAAACACAAGUCAUUGGUCACCAAUUUUUAUUUUUUUUGUCAAUACAGUACAGAGGCUAUUUAUUUUUAUUGUUUUUCACCGAGUGGCUUCGAACUCAUGAUGAACACACAUGAAAGUAAAAAAAAAAAAACACUUAAAUUGGGAUGCAGAUUAUAUCUACAGACUACUGCAGUGUGACUCUCACAAACAUAUUUAUUUGUUGAAUGUAUUUAUUAGCCUAAUGUAUAUUGUCUUUUUUUAAGCACUUUUUUCAGAGGACACUAAUAAAUUGUUAUUUUUCAUACCAAGUUAAAAAAAACUACUUUUUUUUUUUUUUUUUUUCCUCCACUGCCUUGUCGUAAAAUAGUCACAAAUACAUUUUUGGAAAUGUGCACGGUGAUUUAAUUCAACGUGGCUUGCCAACCAGAAUUUCGUAAUCAGUUCCAAUAUGACUAUUCGGAGCUACCUCUCAGACCACGUUGCCCUAUGAAAUAAAUUCUGUGAAAGAUUG